CUUGUGAUAGCAUGAAGGAUGCUGUGACAGAGAUAAGAAAAAGAGAUUUUCCAAAUGCUGCUGAAAAUGAUAUUGUUGAUAUACAAAUUGGAAUUGACGGUUCAUGGCAGAAACGUGGUCAUUCAUCUCUAAAUGGUGUAUGCACUGCUGUUGCAAAAGCUAACCGUAAAGUUGUCGAUUACCAAGUAUUUUCAAAGUUUUGUCGUGGCUGUGCUUUGUGGCAAAGUAAGAGAAAUAAGAGCGGUUAUGGAAAGUUUUUGAAGACACAUGUUUGCGACCUUAACCACUUUAAAUCAUCAGGUGCCAUGGAAUCAGCAGGUGCUUUAUCAUUUUUUACGGAAUCAUUGGCAAAGUACAAUGUUCGCUAUUCUCAUUAUAUAGGAGAUGGAGAUACUGAAUCUUAUACAAAUGUUGUAAAGGCAAAGCCAUAUGGAGAAGAUCUUGUCCCAGUAAAAAUAGAGUGCGUCGGUCAUGUCCAAAAACGCCUAGGCACCCGGUUACGUCAAAUGCGAUGUGACUUAAAGGGUAAAAAGUUAGAAGAUGGGAAAAUUAUAUCAGGGAAAGGAAGGUUGACAGAUAAGAUCAUUAAUAAAAUGCAAAAUUUUUAUGGCAUGAGCAUUAGGCAAAAUACCUUAGAAGCAUGGAGUGGAGACCGUACUAUAGCCUUGUACAAUAUGAAAAAAUCUGUUUUGGCUGUAUUGUGGCAUUGCUCGAAUAUAAGCAACAGCGAAGAGAGACAUCAAUUUUGUCCACGUACAAAGGAAAGCUGGUGCAAGUAUUGGCAGAAUGACAAAAAUUAUAAACCAUCAAUUAAUUUGCCUCUUGCUAUUAAAAGUAUUCUUAAAGACACAUUCUUGGCACUACGGUCAGAUGAUUUGUUAUCAAGAUGCCUGGAUGGCGCAACACAAAAUCCAAAUGAGGCUUUCAACCAGAUAAUCUGGAAAAAGUGUCCAAAAAAUAUUUUUGUUACUAAAAAGCUCUUGCCUGGAAGUUUUAUGAUCCAAGGAUCGUGGAAGAAGGACGUAUCAAGAGUAAAGAACACGAUUAAAAAUUCAACUCCAAAGCAAAAAAGGGCUAGAAGGAAAAGGAGAUGUAUCAGGAAGGGUUAUAUUGAUAAGGAGAAAGAAAAAGAGGGAGUAGACUCUUAUAUUACAGGAAAUUUUUAAUUAAUAAAUUGUUUUUAAACUUUGAA